AUGGAUGGAUGUGUGGGUAACGGAUGCACUGUGCGAGUGAAUGUGUACGUGGGUGGGGGAGUGACCGGCGGCGCGCGCGGCUGCGCAGGCACGCCCACGGCGGAGCUGCCGGACCUGAAGGAGUUCCCGGAGCCGCCGCUGGACCUGAGCGCGGAGUCCGUGCCGGUGGAGGACCCUUCCAAGAGCGAGGAGGCGCUCGAGUCCGGCCAGCGCCAGUACUCCCUGGCGGACUUCGAGCUCAUCCGAGUGAUCGGACGCGGCAGCUACGCUAAGGUGCUCAUGGUGGAGCUGCGCAAGACGCGGCGCAUCUACGCCAUGAAGGUCAUCAAGAAGGCGCUCGACAUCGACUGGGUGCAGACGGAGAAGCACGUGUUCGAGACGGCGUCGAACCACCCGUUCCUGGUGGGUCUGCACUCGUGCUUCCAGACGCCCUCGCGCCUGUUCUUCGUGAUCGAGUUCGUGCGCGGCGGGGACCUCAUGUUCCACAUGCAGCGCCAGCGCCGCCUGCCCGAGGAGCACGCGCGCUUCUACGCCGCCGAGAUCUCGCUCGCGCUCAACUUCCUCCACGACAAGGGUAUUAUCUACCGAGACCUCAAGCUGGAUAAUGUGCUCCUAGACCAUGAAGGCCAUAUCAAACUGACAGACUAUGGCAUGUGUAAAGAAGGCAUCCGACCAGGCGACACCACAUCAACCUUCUGUGGCACCCCUAACUACAUCGCCCCUGAGAUUUUGAGGGGUGAAGACUAUGGCUUCAGUGUUGAUUGGUGGGCCCUUGGAGUUUUACUCUACGAGAUGCUGGCAGGACGCAGUCCAUUUGACAUUGCUGGAGCAUCCGAAAACCCUGACCAGAACACAGAAGACUACCUCUUCCAAGUGAUCCUGGAGAAAACGAUCCGCAUCCCCCGGUCGCUGUCAGUGAAGGCGGCCUCUGUGCUUAAGGGCUUCCUUAACAAGAACCCGGCGGAUCGACUAGGUUGCCACCGGGACACUGGCUUCCUUGACAUUGUCAACCACCCAUUUUUCAAGAGCAUUGACUGGGAACUGCUGCACCGGAAGCAAAUCCCACCCCCUUUCCACCCGCAGCUGGAGUCUGAGGUGGACAUCGACAAUUUCGAUCCGCAGUUCACGCUGGAGCCGGUCCAGCUCUCGCCCGACGACCCAUGUACAGAAAUACGUACACUUCGGUUGAAGAACACAAAACUUGAGCAGAAGCAAGUGCCCCCUCCGUACAAGCCGCGCCUGGAGUCCGACCGCGACCUGGCCAACUUCCCGCCCGAGUUCACGGACGAGCCGGUGCAUCUGACGCCCGACGACGCGUGA